GCGAGACGCGCGCCACACGCUCGCCCGCCCGGCGGGAAAACUUCACGAAUGGCGGAAUAAUUUUCCAACAUUUCCUAAUGAACUUUAUAAUGAUAAACCAAUUGUUUAAGUGAAAGUUUUAGAUCCUUGAACAACAUGAGAAUUGCAACAUUGGCCAAGUGCCAGAUAUGGUGGAGUGUGCUGAUGUUAGUUGCAAACAGUUCUCUCGGGGAAAAGUUCACUUUGGGCUACAUCACCGGCUCCCAGCGCAGGCCUGGCGACUACAGCUACCCACGACCGGGAAGAGUCAUAUCAGGUGCUAUAUCGAUGGCAGUCGACGAUGUAAAUGAAAAAUUGUUGGGACCUUUAGGCCACUCGUUGGACUUCGUGGUGGCUGAGACUUACGGCCAGGAAGAAGUCUCUAUAAGACAGGUGGCAGCCCUGUGGGCAACCAACGUGUCGGCGUUCAUCGGGCCGCAGGAGACGUGCGUGCACGAGGGCCGCAUGGCCGCUGCCUUCAACCUGCCCAUGAUCAGCUAUUACUGCCGCGACGUGGCCAGCUCCAACAAGCGCGUGUACGCAACGUUCGCGCGCACGCGCCCGUCUGACAUCGACAUCUCGCGCUCCGUCGUCGCCGUGCUCAGCCACUUCAAUUUCAUGCAUGUGGCAUUUAUCUACCUCAAAGCGCCGAACCACGACUUUUCCCGCCUAGCGCUCGCCAUCAUGGCGGCAGCCAGAGAAAAACACAUCUCCGUGCGUGCGGCCAUGGAGUACCGCCAGCCUUUCUACUAUGAGAACAGGCGGGAAAAUUUCAGCAGAAACCCCUUUUUGGACAUCGUAAGGGAGACUUAUAAGGACACCAGAAUCUACGUCACUGUGGGGUACUAUCACGACCACAUUGGGCUCAUGUUGGCUUUGGAUGCUAUGCAGUUACUGGACUCAGGUGAAUACGCGGCCAUAGGAGUUGACGUUGAAAAGUACGAACCUCAGGAAGCCGUGCAAUACCUGGCCGGUCCUCUCCGCAAGGAACCCACUUCAAGGGCCCUGAAGGCUUUUCGGUCCUACCUCGCUGUCACGCCCUCCCCAUCGCCCUCCUACCCUGCCUUCGCCAUGGAGGUCAACAGGAGACUCCAGAUGCCACCGUUCAAUUUCACUAAUCCCCUACGCGCAUUCGGAGGAGGCAAAGUGAUCCCAGUGGAAGCAGCGUGGCUCCACGACGCGGUCUGGGUGUAUGCGCGCGCGCUGGUUGCAGCACUAAACACCGGCGACAACCCUCGCGACGGCCGCGCCAUUGCUGCCUACAUGCGCAACACUACAUACCACAGUGUUAUGGGGUACUGGGUACACAUGGACGAGAAUGGCGACGCUGAAGGCAACUACACGCUGCUGUCGAUCGACCCCAGCCGUCCGCCCGGUCUCUACCCGCUGGCAGUGCUGCACAAGUCUCAUCCGGAGGUGAGAUUCCUGCGGGAAUUGAAAUGGCCGGGCGGUCACGUGCCCCUCUCCGAACCACCGUGCGGAUUUCGCGGCGAAAAAUGCGUCAGCCACGUAGGUGCAUGGGCCUUAGGCGCAUCGGGCGCUACACUAGUGCUCCUGGCAUUGGCAGCGUUAGCCCUCUACCGUGGCUGGCGUUAUGAACAAGAGCUGGACUCUCUGCUCUGGAAGAUAGACUUCCGCGACCUCCACCUGCCUGAUGAGGAGCAGAGCACCAACAAUCUGAACAGCAGCGCGGGCGCCAACCCAAACUCGACCACAAUCGAGAAGAAUGGUGUUAGCAGCACUGGUGUGCGUUCCAGCCAGGUGUCGCUCAGCUCCAACCCCGACCUGGACUUCCGGUACUCCGCCAUCUUUACUGAGGUGGCCUUCUACCGCGGCCGGCUGGUGGCCGUCAAACGGGUGCGCAGGAACCACAUCGACAUCAGCAGGGAAAUCAAGAAGGAACUGAAAAUUAUGCGGGACUUGCAACAUGACAAUGUGAACGGAUUCGUGGGCGCGUGUAUUGAACCGCCCAACGUGUGUGCGCUCUCUGAAUACUGCACUCGUGGAAGCUUGAAGGAUAUCCUUGAAAACGAGGACAUAAAACUCGACAACAUGUUUGUUGCAUCACUCGUCGCGGAUAUUAUUAGAGGCAUGAUAUUCAUACACGAGUCCCCGUUACAAUACCACGGCGCGCUCCGGCCGUCCAAUUGCUUGGUGGACGCGCGGUGGGUGGUCAAACUUGCGGACUUCGGUCUCAAGGAGUUCCGCAGGGGCGAGCUACCUCCUUCAGACCCUAACGCUUUGGGUACACAUGUAGAAAGUCUAGUCUACCUCUCUCCCGAGCUCCUCCGCAACGCUGGCUGGGGUUCAGACACAUUUCCACUAUCAGACGACUACCGGGAUGGGACCCCGGCGUCGGAUAUGUACGCGUUCGCGCUAGUGCUGUAUGAGAUCCACACGCGCAAAGGCCCUUUUGGUUCAGAAACCCCGGCCACGCCGGAGUUACUGCGGCGGCUGGCCGUGCCGGAUCCGACGCCUUUCAGGCCUCCCCUGGAACCCUUAUCGGGGCGCUUUGACUGCGUCCGGGAAUGCUGCUGCGAGUGUUGGGCCGAGGACGCCACCACGCGGCCCGACUUCAAGUCUGUGCGCACGCGCCUGAGGCCGUUGAGGAAAGGAAUGAAACCAAACAUCUUCGACAACAUGAUAGCCAUGAUGGAGAAGUAUGCGAACAACCUCGAAGUACUGGUAGACGAGCGCACGGACCAAUUGCAGGAGGAGAAAAAGAAGACUGAGGCACUGUUGGAGGAAAUGCUACCGGCACCAGUGGCAGAGCAGCUAAAACGAGGACGAAGAGUGAUGCCUGAGAGCUACGACUCGGUGACGAUAUAUUUCAGCGACAUCGUCGGCUUCACUGCCAUGUCGGCUGAAAGCACACCCCUGCAGGUGGUCGACUUCUUGAACGACUUGUACACAUGUUUUGACUCAAUUUUGGAAAACUUUGACGUGUACAAAGUUGAAACUAUCGGCGAUGCCUACAUGGUGGUGUCAGGGCUGCCGAUCCGCAACGGCAUCAUCCACGCGGGCGAAGUGGCAUCUAUGGCGCUGGCGCUGCUGGCCGCCACGCGCGCCUUCCGCGUGCGGCACCGCCCCGAGCACCGCCUACUACUGCGGGUCGGCCUUCACUCGGGACCAGUAUGCGCUGGAGUUGUGGGACUAAAGAUGCCGAGGUAUUGCUUAUUUGGCGACACCGUGAAUACCGCGAGUCGAUUCGAGUCCACUGGAGCUCCGCUCAAAAUCCACUGCAGCGCAGCAUGCAAGUCUUUAUUAGACCAAUUAGGUGGAUACAUUUUGGAGGAGCGUGGCAUCGUGUCUAUGAAAGGCAAGCGUGACCAGAUGACGUACUGGCUUCGCGGCGAGGAGCCGGCUGCGGCGGCGGCGCGAGCUAAGCGACGGGCGCAAAGGGAAGAUACUGCACCCCCGCCCUCUAUUGAGAAACGGGGCCAGCGAAGCUCUUUGAAGAGUAGAAACUGGAAGAACCAAGUUGGAGGCUUGCACAGAUGUUGCAGUUUAGAAUCUCCAAAAAAAUUAAGAUUUGCUUCGGGUAACCAUUUAGAGUCUCAUACGGAUAGCGUACUGCAUCAUCGGAGUGAUGAAUAUCUCAUGGAGGUUGUAGGCGAAGGGCGUUCAGCCCCAACGCAGCGCAGUGACUUAUUAGAGGCACCGAGCCUUCGUCAAGAGUACACGAGCGUGUCGUGUCCCAUCAUCGAGCAUUCGGAGUGCCCCCCGCCUAGCGUGGCGGUCCCCCCGUGUGCCCCGCUGGUGCCCGCCGACGAGAAGCGCUGCGAGCCGUGCGACAUCAAGCUAGUCAUCAACGGCUGCACCUACAACGAAGACGGCGCCGGGAUACCUCUGCUUGCAGAUACGUAAUCGCAAGUUCAUUAGUUUAUUUACGCUAGUCAAAAGCGGUUAUGUACGUAAUUUUUUAGAAACCUAGCUAAAAUCUAUGUAAACAAAUAUACCUGUCCGCGCUGGGCCAGUAAAGAAAUCGGUCGGCCGAUUCUCAUAAUCCUCGUUUAUCGCGGGCUUAGCGUUAUUGUGAUCUAUGUCAGUAUUAUUAAGAAACCGUAUUAAAUAGAAAUUAUUUAAUAACAUUAAACUCUUAUUUCACAAUUCA